ACUGUUGAUUAUGGAACCCGCCUUCCUUUGGCAAGAUGGCGCCGCUGUUGGUACAGCUGAAAUGUGGACUCCACUUGCAAAGACAAACCUUUUCUACUUUACUUCAACAUACAAGUUCGUAUCAUAUUUGGAGAGGAGGUAACACACCGAAUGGGAAGCAUCAGAAGACUUAUUUGCUGAGCCCCAACCUGAGGACAGCCACAUGGACAGUCAACAGAAGUGACAACAGACGUUUACUGGAGGCUGCAAAGCAUUUGCAGGUGACCGAGAGGACAUGUUGGCACGGAAAUGCAGGUGGAAGGCUGAACGCAGACCCCAAAAAUGUGCUGAAGGAGGUGAAUUCCAGGACCAUUCUGUCUAACAUGUUGUCCUACGUGUGGCCCAAGGACCGGCCUGAUCUACGGGCUAGAGUAGCCAUCGCCCUGGGGCUGCUGGCUGGAGCUAAGAUGACCAACGUGAUGGUACCCUUCAUGUUUAAGUAUGCUGUGGACGAGCUGAAUGGACUGUCGGGUCACAUGUUGAACCUGAGCGAUGCCCCCAGCACCGUGGCUACCAUGGCAACUGCUGUUCUGAUUGGCUACGGUGUGUCCCGGGCCGGUUCGGCCCUCUUCAACGAGCUGCGUAACGCCGUGUUUGGGAAGGUGGCCCAGAAUUCCAUCCGGCGUAUCGCCAAGAACGUGUUCCUACACCUCCACAGCCUGGACCUGGGCUUCCACCUGUCCCGACAGACGGGGGCGAUGUCAAAGGCCAUUGACAGGGGCACCAGGGGCAUUUCCUUCGUCCUCUCUGCUAUCGUCUUCAACCUGGGACCCACUGUUUUUGAGAUGGGGCUGGUCUCUGCUAUCCUGUAUUAUAAAUGCGGGGUGGAAUUUGCUGCGGUGACUCUGGGUACUCUGGGAGCGUAUACGGCCUUCACCGUUGCUGUCACGCAGUGGAGGACUCGGUUCAGGAUAGAGAUGAACAAGGCAGACAAUGAGGCAGGAAACGCUGCUAUCGACUCUUUACUCAACUAUGAGACCGUUAAGUAUUUCAACAAUGAGAAGUACGAAGCAGAGAAGUAUGAUGGCUAUCUGAAGAGCUACGAGUCCUCGUCCCUGAAGACGACCUACACCCUGGCCAUGCUCAACUUUGGACAGAGUGCCAUCUUUAGUGUGGGUCUCACUGGUAUCAUGGUGCUAGCUAGCAAGGGGAUCAUGGCAGGCUCUAUGACAGUAGGAGACCUGGUGAUGGUGAAUGGUCUGCUUUUCCAGCUCUCUCUGCCUCUUAACUUCCUGGGCACCGUGUACAGAGAGACACGCCAGGCCCUGAUCGACAUGAAUACACUCUUCACACUGCUCAGUAUUGACACCAAGAUCAAGGAAAGAGAGCUGGCCCCUCCUCUCUCCAUCACCCCUCAAGAAGCCACCAUCAGGUUUGAGGAUGUCUACUUUGAGUACCUGGAAGGCCAGAAGGUUCUAGAGGGCGUCUCCUUCCAGGUGCCGGCUGGGAAAAAGGUGGCCAUCGUAGGAGGGAGCGGAUCAGGGAAGAGCACCAUCGUGCGUAUGCUGUUCCGGUUUUACGAGCCCCAGAAGGGAAACAUCUACAUCGCUGGACAGAACAUCAGAGACGUUGGACUGGACAGUCUGCGACGGGCCGUAGGGGUGGUACCACAGGAUGCAGUGCUCUUCCACAACACCAUCUUCUACAACCUUCAGUACGGGAACAUCAACGCCACGCCAGAGGAGGUGUACCAGGUGGCACGGCUGGCAGGGAUCCACGACGCCAUCCUCAGGAUGCCCCACGGAUACGACACUCAGGUCGGCGAGAGGGGACUCAAACUGUCAGGUGGGGAGAAGCAACGUGUGGCCAUAGCCAGGGCCGUUCUGAAGAACCCUCCUAUCCUGCUGUAUGAUGAAGCUACGUCCUCGCUGGACUCUAUCACUGAGGAGAACAUUCUUAGUUCCAUGAAGGGUCUGGUCCAGGACCGGACGUCGGUGUUCAUCGCUCACAGACUGUCCACCAUCGUAGACGCAGACGAGAUCAUCGUACUCAACAAGGGUAAGAUAGCAGAGCGAGGGGACCACCACUCUCUCCUGGCUACUCCAGGCUCUCUGUACGCUGACCUGUGGAACACUCAGAACAGUAAGAUACUGAACCGUAAGAACAGCCCAGUGGAGCUGCAGCCAGAGAGACUCAGCCAGAAGGAGGAGGAGAGGAAGAAACUACAGCAAGAGAUCAUGAACAGUGUCAAGGGCUGUGGGAACUGCUCCUGUUGAGGAGAGACCAGGACAUCCCUCAAUACUUGUCCUCCCUUCCUUCCUUCCUUCACUCACUGACAGCCGGCCCUCAGUACUUUAGUCUCUCUCAGGGGAGGGCCCACCUACACCUCUCUCCAUCUCACUCCUGUCACAACAAACUCUGGGCUGACUGCCCCUCCCCCUGCUCCUCUUGAGAAGGCGAUUGGUGGCCGAAGAGGAGACUGAGAAGGAAGCCUAUCUGCCAUUGGCUGAUGUCUACAGAGAGGCAGUGCUCAUCUACCAAUCAUCUCAGGACAAACCACAUCUUGUAUCUGAUGACAUCAUGGUGUAUAGGACUGAGUAAGAGCAGGACUGAGUAAGAGCAGGACUGAGUAAGAGCAGGACUGGGUUAGAGCGGGACUGAGUGAGAGCAGGACUGAGUAAGAGCGGGACUGAGUAAGAGCGGGACUGAGUAAGAGCGGGACUGAGUAAGAGCGGGACUGAGUAAGAGCGGGACUGAGUAAGAGCGGGACUGAGUAAGAGCGGGACUGAGUAAGAGCGGGACUGAGUAAGAGCGGGACUGAGUAAGAGCGGGACUGAGUAAGAGCGGGACCGAGUAAGAACAGUAAAGCUUAUUGGUCAGAUCAGUGCCCAUGUUGCAUGAUGUCAUCGUGUAAAGUUUGUUAGAACUGAAAACUGGUUGGACUUGUUGUACAAAUUCACUUUCAUGUCCAACAGAAAUGUAAUGUGUAUAAUUGUAUAAAGACAAGAACAUGGUAAUGUGGUGUGAUGAAUAAAGAGCAGUGAGACUCCUAUUGUUGUCAGUCUGAUGAA